AGAGCCCUGUGUUGAUGUAUAAAUAUUCGACUAACAGCCGUGGUGCUGUUUCACGACGUCCUGUAAAACACGAAUACCAUUGUAUAAUGUCUUGGAACAAAUGUGUGUGUUGCUGAGAUCUUGGGUGUUAGUUGUACACAUUGUAUACAUUAGACCGGAUUGUUGGCAACGUGAGCCGAUGCUGAGCCUAUCCAACAUGCUGUGCUUUGUUCAGAGUGAAUCGACUUCAAAAUGGUACGUUAACACGUCAGUUUAGAACUUAUUAUUAUUAUUUUUAAAAGUGCUCGGAUUUAUGGUACAAAAGACAUUGACAGAAAGAGACGUUUGCCGUUUGACGUAAAGAAAGAGACGUUUGGCGCAUUGACAUGGGCAGAAGGAGACUUUGACGUACUGACAGGGACAGAAAGAGAGAAGUUUGACACAUUGACAUAGACAGAAAGAAACGCUUUAACGUACUGACACUGACAGAAAGAGAUAGUUUGGCGUAUUGACAUAGACAGAAAGAAACGCUUUAACUUAUUGUAAACAUAAAAAUAGCACACACAUUCGUUUGCCGACGAAAUACUAUUUAAUAAAAAUCAAUAUUGACCAACCAGGGAAGAAAUUAAUUAAAAUUGAUUCUGUUCCCACUGUAACUCGUUGAGAUGGGAGACAAUGAAGAACAUAACAAACCCAUAUUGUACUUAAGAAUGGCUAGUACUUUUGAAUAAACAAAAUUUGAAAAAGACAUUUGUACCCUACAGUUCUUUAUAUGAAUUUACUACUGGCCGUUUCUAACAUCUUGAUCAUUUGUUAGUUAGUCAAUCUGAAGCAAGCUUGCCCUAAGAUACAAUUUUAUCAUCUGAUAUUUUAACAACUCGAACAACAAGUAAUUUUUGAAAACAUUGGUUCAACUUCAGUAAAUUCGAUAAUGUCGAAAUCUUGGUAAGUAUAUGAAAUGUCCAAACUUAAUUUUAUCCAAAUAUUCACGUCAACUAACAUCGAGACCUCCCUAGCAGCGGCGAUAACCCCAUUUGGAAAGACAGCCACAGUUGUGGUGAAGGAAAGCUAGAUGUUGACAAAACAAUCAUUUAGUUUUUCUAUUCAAUGAGGACAAUCGACUUUUCAUCAAACUUCCACCAAUGGGAGGAUUCAUGUGAACAAAAGCAGCUUCUUGAUGUUGUAAGCAAUGCUAUUCAUCUGACGAAUUCGAACGCCUUUGCUUGUUGGAUCAACUCUUCAUUGCCCUGCUUGACCAGUUGACCGUCUCCACCUAACAGUAACACACAAACCGUUCCGUUUCAAGUCAUGCGGGGGAUUCUCACGACUUGGUCGAGCAAUCAUGCGCGAAUCGGAAUAUUGGUUUUAACCAAAUUUCAACAUUUGGGAACACCUGCUUCAGUAUACUGUCAAAGAAUCAUUUUGUUUUUUGUAGGCCUUCAAACUAACGUUAUAAAUAUGAUUGACGCAGGUGUAUUCUGGGUGGUUGGUAUCGUAAAAUGUCACUUUAGGCCAGUGGUUCUCAACCUUCCUAAUGCCGCGACCCUAUAAUACAGUUCCUCGUGCUGUGGUGACCCCCAGCCACAAAAUCAUGUUCUUUGCUUCUUCAUAACAGUAGAGUACAUAUGUUUUCAGGUGGUCUUCGGCGACCCCUAGGAAAGGGUUGUGCGACCCCCAGAGAGGUCGCGACCCACAGGUUGAGAACCGCUGCUUUAGGCAAAUGCUUAUAUUUUCUAGUUGUAUUAACUUGCUUAUAACUAUUAAAAAAAAACUAUUUUAUGAUAUUGUUUAUUCCUCGUGUAUGCUGUAUGUUAUAUUUAUGUAAAUUAUUAAAAAAAAAACCCAGAGAGCGCUCAAAUGGCAUAUUAUAUGGGGAUCAGCUCUAUAAAUAGUAAAAUAAACUAGUGUCACUUGAGAUUCUCAAGAGUGUUAUGUUUCUUUAUGAUAUCUGUCUACAAAUGCCACCUACUAGGAAUUCAGCAAUGAGGUUAUGAAGUAGUGACCAGUGGUACAGAUACAUAAAUGUUCAAUUAAACAAAAUCUUUGUGUAGGCUUUUCUGUUUAACAAUAAACUGUUGCAGGAUUAAAAUGAUGAACAAAUUGAUCGAUUUGAAGUGGUCCUAAAACUAGACUCUUAGAACUAGCUUUAACAUAGUAUUGAGCCAGCGAUAGUUUACAAACAAUGCAUUCAUCUAACUUAAUUUAGUGCUGAACCAGACAAAACAAACUACCAAACUAACUAUAGCUUAGUGCUGAACCAGACAAAACAAACUACCAAAUUAACUAUAGCUUAGUGCUGAACCGGACAAAACAAACUACCAAAUUAACUAUAGCUUAGUGCUGAACCAGACAAAACAAACUACCAAAUUAACUAUAGCUUAGUGCUGAACCGGACAAAACAAACUACCAAAUUAACUAUAGCUUAGUGCUGAACCAAACAAACUACCAAAUUAACUAUAGCUUAGUGCUGAACCAGACAAAACAAACUACCAAAUUAACUAUAGCUUAGUGCUGAACCGGACAAAACAAACUACCAAAUUAACUAUAGCUUAGUGCUGAACCGGACAAAACAAACUACCAAAUUAACUAUAGCUUAGUGCUGAACCAGACAAAACAAACUACCAAAUUAACUAUAGCUUAGUGCUGAACCAGACAAAACAAACUACCAAAUUAACUAUAGCUUAGUGCUGAACCAGACAAACGAGCGCUAUCAAAACUAGCUCUCACUCAGUACUGAACCAGACAAAUCACUACCAGUAGACACACUGACACUACCAGACACACUAACACUACCAGACACACUAACACAACCAGACACACUAACACUACCAGACACACUAAAAAUACCAGACUCAACAACACUACCAGACACACUAAUACUACCAGACACACUAACACUACCAGACUCACUAACACUACCAGACUCACUAACACUACCAGACUCACUAACACUACCAGACUCACUAACACUACCAGACUCACUAACACUACCAGACUCACUAACACUACCAGACACACUAACACUACCAGACACACCAACACUACCAGACACACCAACACUACCAUUUAACACACAGACCACGCGUCACGCGUCCCUAUAACCUUGCACGCAGCACUGAUUAUAAUCUAUAAUACAACUGCUGCACUACAUUUCAUCAUCCCCUGGAUUACAUUACCUUAACCAGUGCUUGAUUACGGAUUAGUGAAGCAGGUUACGUGAUUCAUGGCACGUCGGUCUCAGGGUUAAUAAGGAAAUCAAUCGAUAUGAUCGAACUCAUUAAGUUACGAUGCUCUUUAUUGAAACUGGUUUUUUUUUUGAGGGGGGGGGGAGAGGGAUGACUUUAUGAAGUGAUAUAUUAAGUUGAAUAUUGACCUUCUUACAGCUGCCCAAAAUGAAGACAAAGCAUGUGCGGUUCUGUGUGUGGCUACCAUAUGGUGUGUACUCUGUGUGUGGCUACCAUCGUGAGCGACUCUCUGUGUGGCUACCAUUGCGUGUUGUCUGCGUGUGGCAAACAUUUCGAACCAUUGCGAGCGACUCCGAGUGUGGCUACCAUUCCAUGCAACUCCGUGUGUGGCUACCAUUACGUGCGAGUCCGAGUGUAGCUACAAUUGCUUGCUACUCUGUGUGUGGCUACAACUGCGAACAUGAAGGGUCCCACUUCUUGUAUAAGGACACCCUGUAGCAUGAAUGGCCCCCUCCUGGCUCAAGUCACUGCGUAACACAGAGAACUCCUUUCUUGCCAUGAUCCCUUUCACCAACAAUCUCUGUAGUCUAAUCUUAAAUAAUGAAACUCUAUAAGGAGAUUUUAAUGUUUUGGGAGAAAUUAAACAUAAUCAAUAAAAUAUACUUGAUUAACACAAAGACUUAUUGAAUAAGACGUUCCUUUGAAACAAUUUCUUUGCAUUCAAAAUCACACGCAUAUUUUAAAAAAAACCAAAAAACGUGAAACAACUUGCUCCCACAAAAAAAAAAAAAAAAAAAAAAAAAAAAAAAAAAAAAAAAAAAAAAAAAAAAAAAAAAAAAAUUCCUUUGAAACAAUUUCUUUGCAUUCAAAAUCACACGCAUAUUUUAAAAAAAACCAAAAAACGUGAAACAACUUGCUCCCACAAAAAAAAAAAAAAAAAAAAAAGAAAAAAUAAUUGCAUGCACGUACUUACCAAACAAUUUGUUCUCAUUCAAAGGUUCAAGUCGCGAAACAGCACCGCCCCGGAAACAUCCAUUCAGUCCAUGGUCAAGAUGGACCACAGCACAAUCUACAAGGAAAAUGUUGUAUUGGAGGAGGGACUUGCAGAGCAAAUCGGACAUCUCAAACGGGUAAUUUUUUUUACUGAUUGUCUCUGCGCAGCAAGUGUGCUGUUGUGCAUUGGGCAGUUUUGUUGGUUGUAAGUGCACAAAAAGUGUUUGUAUUCAUGUGCACAUAAGUUGUUUGGAAUUGGAAAAGGUCAAUAGGUCACCUGUUAGUUUUACAAUGACGUUCACAAAAAUGAGACAGGGCAACGUUUUUAACGAGUACCUACUAUUUCCCCAUUGAUGCCACUGUCUAAUGGGGUCAUGUCUGUAUCAUUUCUAGGAUGAGCGACGCCUGCUGGCAGAAACGGGGGAACAACUCGAAGAAAUCAGAAAGCAAAUGCAGGUCAUCAGCCGACUCCAGGAGGCAGUCAACAGCCGCAACCCUGCCGAUUCCACCGACUUCCUGUCCAGCACGCGGGCCUCGCGUUACGGCAACGACAGACAGGAGUAUGGAGACCACGGCAAGGGCAACCGUUCCCAGAUGCGGAUUGAAGCCGAGCGAGAGAAAUUCAGCUCCAAAAACUUGUUCAACGUACGGCGCGCCAAAUCAGCCCUGGGCUUCGAAACGUUGCCGCAAAAAAAGUUCUUCCAGCCGCCCGUCGUGGACAUGGAACCGUUUGACGUGUUUGUCCCGGAUACAACGGAGUCCAUUGAUGAAGCGCCCGCCUCUCUGCCCGAGCAGAAACCCCCUCCGCGCGCGAAAAGCGCGAAGGGUUACCUCAAGCCGACGUCAUCCUCGCAAAGCGGUAUGCGCCCGGUGACCGCCGGGUACGUCCGCGAGUCAAAGCCGGACGAUCUCCUCCCUCCCAGGGCUCAAACGGCCGUGAUCAGAUGUAGGUCACGUCGUGAACUCGAGCUGCUGAGCAGGGUGGCGCCGAAAGAAGACGAGAUCAUAAACACCUUCGAGAACAGGAAACGGAACAUGACGAUCAUCAGCGAGAAGAGGCGGAGGUCGCAGCUGCUGCAGCUGCGCAGCGAAAGAGAAAUUCUUGAGAGCAAAGUCAGUGAUUUCUUAAUGGACCUUGAGAGAUUCAAUCGCAACCAUCAGGCCAUCAAAUUGAUAAAACGGAAGGACACCCAAGGAGUUUUGUGAAUGGACUGCCACAGUGGACACAUAAGUUGCUCAAAGUGGUAGCAGUAUCAAGGUUGCCUUUUCAGCAAAACGUGAAGGGUUGCCUUAGAAGACAUUUCCCUAAUGUAUAGACAUAACUGAGCAGUUACAUGAUGACCAAUACUUUUAUUAACGCUGUUCAAGUUUUGAGGACACGUGUAUGCAAUUUAUGCUCAAUCCUAAUUUUGCGGGACGAUAUAUGAACUAAACAUGUCUUAAACAUAUUUUGAUAUAAUGUAAUUAUUGUAAGAAGCACAACUAAUUUAUAAUGUGAAUCAAGCAAUAGCUGGGUAUACUAACGCAUGAAUAUUAUAUAUACUGCGUAAAAAAUAAAUUGAGAGAUUAUGUCUAAUUUUAAAACUAAUACAACAAAAAUGUCUGCUCUAUGAUUUCUACGUUGUUUACACAUACGAUGCCCCAUGUCCACUUAUGGCAACAUUUUGGGCACCCCACUUUAACUUGGUUCAGCUAAAAAUACCAUUUGAUCAAGCAGUUUCUGACUGAAGUCUGGAACUAGUUUCAUUCUCAAACAUAUAUAUCAUAUAUAUCUGAAAUUCUUGUUUGAUAAGUCAACAAUGUAUUUUGCUUUGGGUUAUCUUAUGCUAAACUAAUGUAUCUUAGUUGCCCCCUUAUCUUAUGCUAAACUAAUGUAUCUUAGUUGCCCCUUCCUAAGAAUAUAAAAAUUGCAAAUUUUACAAUAACUGUAUAUGCUAUUUCCUGGAUGGAUCCGUGGGAAAGCAGGAAGGACCUUCUGGCUGUGUGAGGACCCUUGAAUUAAAAAUAAAUUAUUCAGUGUAGUGAGGAAAAAAAGAUCAUCUUAUAAGUUAUUUCAUAACUUUUGGUGAUCGAACAUGUCAUCCUAUUUCAUGACUGUUGGUGAUCAGCUUUUAGGUUUAGUAACAGCUUCUGACGCCAACUCAAUUUAUUCAAAAGCCUCCUUCCCAAAGGCUUAUGUGGUCGUACCAACUCAAUUUAUUCAAAAGCCUCCUUCCCAAAGGCUUAUGUGGUCGUACCAACUCAAUUUAUUCAAAAGCCUCCUUCCCAAAGGCUUAUGUGGUCGUACCUGAACAAGGUACUGAAGAGCCUCGUACUUUCAUAAAAUGUUCAUUGCUCAAUAUAAUAUAAAUACGAAUAACCUGUGACAUACAUUUUCUAUAUUAUAUAUGGAACUUUUCUACAAUGUGAAAUAUGCACGGCAACGCGCACGAGUCUUGAUAAGCAUGGUUGUGUGUAUUGAAGUACAGUGGAACCCCGCUAUAACGCGAUGAUCGGGGUCCAUCAAAUCGGAUCGCGUUAAAAGCGGGGUUGCGUUAAUGCACGGUUUUACAAUAUUAAACCGGACGAAAGCCUCGUUUUCGGCAUUAAUUUCGAUACCAGUUUGAACGUGGUGCGUUUAGGGGCUCAUUUUGUACGAUAUUUUGAAAAAGUUGUGAUUUUUUUCGCUUUAAAAAAUGGCUUACCAAGCAAUGGCUAAAAUUUUCAAAGAACUUAGGCCUGAUGGAGUAAAUGAAUUUCAAAUUUCGGGAGCCAUGCUACGACCGCGUUACAUUCGAAUUCGCCUUAUGGCGGGGCGCGUUAUAGCGGGGUUCAACUGUAAUUCUGCUUGAGAGACAUUUAUUCCAAUUGAAGUGUGUGUUUGUGGUUCGGUGUUUGUAGUAAGUGGGGGAAAAAAGGGGGGCGAGGGGUAGAAUGAUGUUGAUUGCCUUCUCUUACAAAAAAACAACAACAAACCAACAAAUCUCAUUUUGACCUGUAUAAUAAUAAUAAUAAUAAUAAAGUUCAUUUCAAAAACACGCUUCCUCCCCAAAGGCUCGAAACGCGGUACAAAGUCAAAAAAACAACAACAAAUCUAUAGUUUACCACAUUUAAAACAAACGCAACACGACAAAAACUAAGUACAAGCAUACAAUGUCAAAGUCUUUCUAGCCAUUUCAACCAUAAGCAACACAGCCAUUAUGCAUUAACUGGAAAAUAAUGUUGACAAUCAUCCCAGAAGGUGUUUGCGAAAUAGAUGUGUCUUUAAAUCGGUUUUAAAGGACUCCAGUGUCUGGUUGUUUCUGAGAUCGACAGGAAGGGCGUUCCAAAUUAGUGGACCAGCAAAUGCGAAAGUGCGAGGACCCUUAUACAAAUUACUUGCUCUGACGUUUUAUUUCAGUUUUUCGUGAUUCAUUUGUGUUAAGUAAAAUUCAUCACAGUUAACAUUGGCCGAUGCUACUACACCUGGUCGAGCCGUAUCUGCCCGUCGGCCAUAACAACUGGUCGGUGCUAAUAAUAAUAAUUUGUAAUUGAAGUUCCCAGCUAGUCUGGGGGAAAUGACCUCACUGGUCAAGUAAAGCAACUGUUCUUUAGGAGCAGAUAGAAAAAUUUAUUAAAAAAAAAACAACAACUUAAAACGAAAAAUCGGGGAAGAGGGAAUAAAAAGAAGAAAGGAUUUCCAAAAUAUUUUCUUUUAAAGCUCCCAUAGAAAAAUACGCAACGUAAACAAUAUUGAGAGUGUAAAACUACUUUGUGACGAGUUCAGAUUAGCCUGUCUUGGUUCAGAUUAGCCUGUCUUGGUUCAGAUUAGCCUGUCUUGGUUCAGAUUAGCCUGUCUUGGU